UUAACCAAUCAUUUAAUUUUCAUAGUAACCAUAUCUGGGGACACAUUCCGAGGGCUGUUUCUUCAAGCACGUGUGUCCGGAGCAAGCACGAGGCGGGGCACCUGGACAACUUCUGCUUCCGGUACAGGCACCAUCUCCUGCACGGACAGCGACGAUGCAGUCGGUCACGUGGAUAGUAGCGACAAAUCAGAUCUCAGCUUUCAGUGGACAGCUCCAUCUAGUGGUGAAGAGGAUAUAGAGUUUGUUGCCACCAUUUUGAGGCAGUAUGAUACGUUCUGGGUUGCACAGAGAAGCUCUGUCAUAACAGCAACAACGACCACAGCAAGUACUACCACUGUGCCAACUACUGCACCUACUACAACUACUACUACACCUACUACAACUACUACUACUACACCUACUACUGCACCUACUACAACUACUACUACACCCACUUCAACUACUGCUACACCCGCUACAACUACUGCUUCUACCACAACCACUACAUAUACUCCAACAGCUGCACUUACUACAACAAAUACCACUACCACAACUACCCCACCUACUACAACUACUACUACCACACCCAGUACAACUUCUAUACCCACUACAAUUACUACUACACCUACUACAACUACUACUACACCUACUACAACUACUACUACUACCACACCCAGUACAACUUCUAUACCCACUACAAUUACUACUACACCUACUACAACUACUACUACUACUACUACACAUACUACAACUACUUCUACCACACCCCCUACAACUACUAUACCAAUACCUACAACAACAAGUACACUUACUACAACUACUGCGCCAACUACAACUACUACACCCACUACUUCUACCACAACCUCAACCCUCACAACAGCUACAACAGCCAGCACAACUGCUACACGCACUACAACUAUAAACCUUACAGAAACAACAGCAACAACCACAUUACCGCUAAAAACUACUGCACCUUCUACAACUACAACACCAAAAGCAACAACUGCAGAACCACCAAAAACUACAGCAACUACAACAACUACAACAACAACUACUACUACUACAGUGCCACCAAAAACCCCAGCUCCCUCUACAACUAUCACAACAACUUCACCACCUCCUACAACUACAGUGCCCACAACAACAACAACAACAACAACUAGUACUACGGUACCAACAAAAACCCCAGCACCCUCUACAACUUCAACAACAACUUCACCACCUCCUACAACUACAAUACCCACAACAACGACAACAACAGCACCCACAACAUCCACAGCACAAACUACCAGUACUACAUUCAGUACACCUACCUCAGCUACUACAACUACCCCUGGUACUACUACUACUCCUACUGCAACAACCACCACCUCAGCGACCACCACCACCACCGCCAGUUCUACUCCUACAACCGUCGUCACCAAACCAAAGUCCACUGAACCCUCCACACAGGCCACAAAGAGCACAGAGAGUACAACCAUCCCGCCAAAAACAGCUGCUGCUACAACCAGUGCCUCGACGACCGCCAAGGAAACAAAGUCAACAAAAUUACCGACAACAGCUACUACACCAACCAGUGCACCAACUUCUUCACCGGCUACGACUGCAGUGAGUCCCAACGCAACGGUAAAUCCGUCAUCUGCAAAUGCUACUAUCCCGGUGUCUGUGCCAACAACCGGGGAUUCGACAACAACGAGCGCUGCGUCAACAACAACACAAACACCACCAACUGGGUCGCAGACAGUAGGUAAAAAUACAACAGCUUCAUCAACUCUGUCUGAUACAACAGUCACAACAACUGAAGCGGCACCGCAGGCGUUGAACAACACGCUAUCGACGCCUUCGGGAAAUAACGGAACUUCUGUGGACCCUUCAACUGCCUCCCCUGAGCCGGCCACUGUCCUUGUGUCCACGACUUCAGGGACGCCAGCGGCGGCGGACAACGUGACCGGAAGUGCCGUGACGUGGCGUUUUGGCGGGGUUUCACUUUUGGUUCUUCCGUUGUCUGUAUAUCUGAUUGCAUCGGGCGCAUAAGUAUAAUGCAGGAGAGACACAGAAAGGUCCGAUUCAUGCCUCUAUUAGAUUAAAUCAUUAGACUAAUGUGUGACCGUCAGUUAACACAAGUGUUGAUGAACUGUAACAUCGAAACCCCAAGCUUUAAUGUUAUCCUGCUUUUGUGAGAUUUCCAUGUGUAGUGCACUAUAACAGAUAUAUGAUCGUUUUAAUACCGCGAAGAUACGUUACUGUUAGCUGUCUUAGUAUUAGUUAUAGCAAAAUAACUCUCCGCAGUGGGUAGUUAGGAUGUGCUAACUGAGAAAGGUGUCUGUGUGUUUGUUUAUGAUGUAAAGUAAAAAUUACACUUGUCAUUUCUUUAUGUGAAAGACAGAUAUUAUACGUGCAUAAUUUGAACAAAUCUUAAUAUUCUUUAUAUAUUGGAAGAGGGAGUAGAACACGGGGGGAUACAUCCACAAAGUAUCCCCUAUGAUAAUUCUAUUGUAGUAUUGUACAUAUGUAAAUAUUAUAAGUACUGUACUAUAGCCCUUUGAAGUAGUACUUGGUUGCCUUAAGGUUUUUUUAAAAGUUGUGUCCCUGUGAGUUAAAUAUAAAUCUUUUUUAUCGAACAAAGCUGUUAUGAAAAUUAUACUGUGAUAAGCGCACAAAAAAGAUUGUCAAAUUAUGUGCGAUUUAAAAUGUCUUCUUUGAUAUGUCACGAAAUGUUUUGAAUUUAGGUAAAAUCUAAAGAAAAUCAAAAUAAAGCCAGUUUGUAGCUAUCCACAGGAUUUUAGAAUAUAUACAUGUUUUGAUGUAGACAGCUCAAUCUAGUGUUGCGUGAUUUUCCCAAACGUUUUUGAAAAAAAAACGUCUUGGAUAGAGAAAUAAAAUGCGUUUUAUUUUCAUAAA